AUGAAACUCAUCAAUCUCAUUCUUCUUGCGAGCGUCGUGUCCGCCAAUGGAGUCAAAAUUACAGAUGAUCUUCCUGUUCUCCCUUUCGAUGAGCUACUUCGCCUCGCAUAUCAAAACGCCUCCGAAGAAAUCAAACAGUCGCAUUUCACUGAGAACCACCGUCGAGCUUUUGACGAAUCCAACGAUAUCACUAAGCGACACUCGGUUGAUUUGUUUCGCCGCGCUGACCCUAUACCUGUAGUUUUCAAUUGUCUUGCUGCCACAGGCACUACUUUUGUGGUUGCUGGUAUCACAGUAGCAAAUUCAGCGUUCUUUGUAGGUUUGGAGCAACUGGAACCAUUCCAGCUUUUUUCCAACACCCCCGCUGGUACAUAUUUAUCUGAAAUCUAUCCACCUCCUGCUUCCACUGGCUUCGACAUCACGGGAAUACAGCCAGAGUAA